AUUUUUUUUAACUGUUGCUUUGACAAAUACCAUAAUGUCGUCUUUAAAGCAGCAAUUGAAAAAGAUUGGUACUCUCGAUUUACGAAAUGUAAGCGAGGCAUCGAGAAAAUCAAGAGCAUCAUUUCUUUUUACUGCACGUGAAGCUGCUGAUCAAGAUCUUGAUACAAUUUACUCUAUUGCCUAUAAUGGUAUUAUGGAACUUGUAAUCAUUGACGAAAAAUUCUCUGCUUUUGAAAAAACACUUUUCUCUGAGAAUAUGAAAUCUGUUGAUAGAAUUCUUCAGACCAAAGACGAAAAUGAUAAGCUUGACGCUAGUAUCAAUGCAUUCCUUUGUCAACUUGCACCUUAUUUUUUAUUAAAACCAUCUGGAAAAGUUUUAGAAUAUCUUAUUCGUCGUUUUCGUAUCCAGGACUUUAAUGUAGAAUCCAUUCUUAAAUGUAUUUUGCCUUAUCAUGAAACAAAAUCAUUCGUAAAGAUGGUUUCCAUUUUGACUAUCGAAGACAAAUCUCCUUGGGAAUUUUUAAAACCUAUUAAAAAGAGUAUGCUUCCUCUAGAUCGUUCUUUGCUUAUCAAAAAGAUGAUGAAGGAUAGAUAUAUUUUUGAUUUUGUCUGUAAAAUGGCUACUCAACCUCUUGUUCCUUUCCAAACUCUUUAUUCUUUCUAUGCUGCCAUUUUAACCGACUUUAUCAAGUUUGCACCCGUUGUUAAAGAAGAAAUGACGAUUGCCCUUACUCCUCAUUUGAUUGAUGGCUUGAAAGCUAAAAAUUUACCCGAAUUACAAAUGGCAAGUUAUAUGAUACUUUCUCAAUUAGCAUCAAAAGCGGUAUUUAGCAAAGAAGGAGCUGAAGCUUUAGCGGAUACAGUAUUGAGAAAUUAUAAAAAGAGUUGUUUUAGUUAUGCUUUAUUGACUAUUGUUCACCUUUGUCAAACUCAAGAAAGCUUCAACACUGUAUCAAAGAAAGCAUUGAAGGCAUUUACUAAAAAUUCUCAGUUCGAGCAAGCUAUACUUGAAAUUGCUGAAAAAUAUGCCACCGAACGGUUUUUUGCUUGCUUUAUCAAAGAUAUAUGCCAUGAAGUCAGUAAUAUUGGUCUUUUAGAGACAUUAGUAUUAAAAGGUUACCUUUCAAGCGAGAAUAUCUCACUCUUGUGCUUUUCUAUUAUGGAUAUAUACCUUGAUAUUGCCGAUGAAAAUGAUCAGCAAAAGAAAAAUGAGUUUAUCUCUCAUUAUCAACCUCUCUUGGCUAUGAUUUCUCAACGUUAUGUCGAAGAAUUAGAUACUGUUUUAGAAUCAAAGUUGGCUGAUGCGAAAAAUAACGAGAAGCUUAACAAAGAACUUUACGAAUUUACGUCUUCCGCUUUCAAAGGAACCAGACAUGAGAUUAUUGAAGAAGCUAAUACUACUCUUUACCUAUGCUUGAAUAGUCCUGCUGCAACAAAUCGUCUUUUGGCUCUCAAAAAGUUAGUUUCUAUUAUUAAUGACAAAUCUAACUCAUUGACUCAAUCACCUGAAGUUUUUGAAUCUUCUUUCGCCGCCUGUUUAGACAAGUUUGGUGCAUUAUUUAAUUACACCGUUGAAGAAAUUCCAAAUCAUUUGCUAAAUUAUGUCUCUGCUGAAAAAAUUUUGUCAUCUAUUGAUCAACUUUUGGAAGAGCGUGGCGCAUUUAAUACUAAGGAUGCUGUUACAACUAUCAAAUUUCUCUUGACUGAUUUUAUCAAAAAGCAUCCUAACAAAGAACGUGAUGUUGCUCGUAUUCUUUCCGUCUUUGUUUUUUCUGCAUCUGGUAAUAAUCUUACUAAUUUAUUGAAACGUUUGGAAUCUAUCAAAUUUAAGGAAACCCCGGUUUUAACUUCUAUGGUGGAUAGUCUUAAAGCUGCAGCUCAAGCCGAAGAUAAAUUCGAAGUUCCUACAAAAUUCAUUAAGCUUCAGGCAGACUUGAUUAAGCAAAAUAAGAUGAAAGAUCAUACUGAAUUUUGGGUUGAUAUGAUCAAAAGCAAAUCUAAACCUGAAAGUAUUUUAGGCUUAUUGGUUGCUUCAUUGGCUGUUUCUAUUGUCACUAAAGAAAAGAAUCAAUAUUCAUUGGGUUUGAAUGUCUUGAAUGCUGUUUUGGUUGCCGUUCAUGACAAAAAAGAACUAUUCUAUUCUGUUAAAUUGAAUGAUAAUUUCUCUGUUAAAACUGGUUUACCUUCGAAGGAUGUCAUGAAAAAAUUAAAAAAUAUCAAUGAUAUCCCUGACGCUUUGUAUAUUCAACUUACUCAAUUUGCAUUAAUUACUUUAACCAAGUCUUUACAUCGUCCUGAAAAUGAGAUUAAUUGGUACAGAUCAAAUGGCAUUAACAGCGAUUAUAUUCAUUUGAUUAUCAAGCUCUUUAAAACAUUCAUUAGCGGUUCUUCUGUUGGCACUUUUGAAAAUGCAGUUAUUGAACUUCUCAAGUCUCAGUUGAAUACUGAUACUCUUCGCUUUUUGACCAGUAUUUGGGCUAAUAAUGAUAACACUUUUGUUGUACGCGCUCGUGCUUUGCAAAUUACUUCUGCUUACUUGGAGCGUUAUAUUACUAGUAAUGGCUCUAAGAUUGAUUUCCAACAUAUGAUUCCUUCUCUUUUCCCUACUUUAGGUGAUGAACAUGAAUCUGUUCGUGUUCAAGGUCUUCGUUGUUUGGAAUAUAUUCGUUCAAUUUAUCAAACACAAGGUUUACCUAGCGGCCAUAAGGUAUAUGAUACCGCUAUUCCUACAGAAAGUGUACAAAAGGUGAAAGCUGCCACUAAUAUCUCUAUCCUUCCUACCAAUACCUUUUAUGACGAAGCUGCCUCUGUUUCUUCUUUAAAGUCAAAUGAAGCAGCACAUCUUGUUGAUUUCUUGUGGUAUAGACAUGACGAAAUUAGUAAAGAUCGUAGUUUCGUUACUCGCUUAUUUAAUGACUAUUUAACUUUAUGUGGUGAAUCUAAGGAGAAGCAACACAAGACGCGUAAGACUCAGACACUUACUUUCUUACUCAACCAUGUAAAUGAUGCUCCUACACUUGAAAUGAAGAUUAGUAUGCUUUCUAUAUUAGAUUCUAUCAAUAGUCCUCUUAAAUUGCGAAUCUUGGCACCCCUUUUAGAAGAAACAUUGAACAAACCUCGUAAUGCAAAAUCAACUACUUUAGUCUCCUAUCUUAUUCGCACCUUUUUGCCUUCUAAUGCUGCUGAAUUUGGUAAUAAAGGUGAUAAAACAUUGGCACUCUUUCUUCGUCUUCUUGAUAAUAAGGAUAUUUUACAAGGAGCAGAUGAAGAUGGCUGGCAAGUAUCUACACGUUAUUUUGCCCUUGAUCAAAUUACGCCCGAAUUCUUUAGUCAAAUUGGUUCAAAGGCUCAACAAGCUAUUUUUACUUCUUUAGUUGAUAUUGCUACUAAUGGUGUCCAAAAUGAAGUUCGUGCUUCUAAGAAUGUCUUGACACAGAUUGAUAUUGAUGCCAAAAUGUUUGAAGACAAGCUUCUUUCUGUUGCCAAGAGUCUUAUGGGCGUAUCCAGCCCUACAAUUAGUUCUCCUGCCGGUAAACGUAGCCGUACAGGCCUUGUUGAUGUUCAGCGUGAUCCUGUUGUCGAUCUUUAUGAGCUUGUCACUAUCUUGGAAUUAAUUGAAUCCAAAUCAAUUUCAAGGGAUGAGAUUCUAGUGAAACCCUUAUUUGAAGUUUUGACGGCUAUGGUCAAUGCUGAUCUUCGUGACUCUCCUGUAUCACUUGAAUACAUCAAUCAGUUACUUCUUUCUGCCUUAACUCAUAUUAUUCAACAUGCUGAAGAAAAGGGAGCUAGUCUUGAAGAGUCUGCACUUCGUGUUGAUGUUGUUGUACAAUGUAUUCGUAUUACUGGCAAUCCUCAAACACAUAAUCAAGCUCUUUUAUUGAUGGCUACUAUUGCUUCUAUGUUCCCUGAAUGCGUUUUGCAUAAUAUUAUGCCUGUCUUUACUUUCAUGGGUGCUAAUGUUCUUCGUCAAGAUGACAAUUAUAGCUUCCAAGUUAUUCAGCAAACUCUUGAGAAGAUCUUACCUCCUCUUGUUGUCUCUAGUAGAAAAUCUAACAAUGAUGAUGAAGCUGCUCUUGUACUUGAGGUGAAGCCAAUCAUCAAAGUUUUUGUUGACGCUUUGUUCCAUAUUCCUAAGCAUAGACGUUUACGUUUGUUUACUAUUCUUAUUCAUACCUUAGGAGAAGAUGAAUUCCUUUAUGCUAUCAUCUCUUUGUUGUUGGAGAAGUUUGUUGAUCGUGUAACCAAGGGCGCUAGUUCUGAAGCUGAAUCCUUAACUGAGUUUAGUUUGAUUAUCAGUCAACACUUUAGCCCUGAAACACAAAUGAAGGCUAUUUUGGCUCUCUUGAAUGGCAUGCUUGUUUUGCCUAAUGAGAAACCAGAAGAUAUUACGAUGGAGAGUAAAGAAACUCACUUGUUUAAUGUGUCUGAACAUAAUGCUAAGCAACUUCGUCAAUAUAAACUCGCUGUACUUAACUUUAUCUCACAAGUGUUGGUCUCUAAGGGAUUCUUGAAUAAGAUCAUGAUUCAAACAAAUGCCUCUGACAAUUUCGCUGAAGUUAUGCAACCUCUUUAUCUUCAAGCUGUUGAACUUAUUUUGAAGAUCGUCAAUUACUUUACUGAAUAUCGUGAUGCUUAUUCUGUUUCUGAGAAUGCUGUUCCUAGCAUUACUAAAUUCUGGAGAGCCAUUUUGAAGGUUGUUUAUGAUGUCUUGGAUAAGGUGAAUGCCCUAUUGAGUUUGGAUACCUUUAUUAAUGUUAUUUCUGAAUUAAUCGAACAUAAUGAUGCAAAUAUUCGUCGCAAGUCUUUGAAUAUCUUUAAUGAAAAAAUUCUUUCUUUUGAUGAUCAUAUCCCCGAGGGCUCUGAAGACCUUUUGAUGAAUAUGAGCAACAAGUUAACUUCAGUUAUUCAAAAGGAAUCCUCUAGUUUGGCUAGUGAAGAAGAUCGUGCAAUCAAUAAGCAAUCUGCUUUACUUUGUAUUGCCUCCAUGGCUAAAAUUCUUGGUAACCUUUAUCCUGGUCAAUUUUCAGAAGCCAUUCCUGUCAUUAUUGGACCUGAUGCUCUUCAAUCUAGUGAUCCUCAACUUAAGAUCUCUUCACUUGUCUGCCUUACUGUUAUCUGUCAAGAGAUUGGUCCUCGUGCAGUUCCUCAUCUUCCCAAAUUCAUGCCUCUUAUUACUGAUAUUUUAGCUGAUACAGUACAAGCAGAGACACCUAAUUUAUUGUUACAACUAGGUGUUGUUAGCGCACUUGAGACUAUCACACAAGUCUUGCCCCACUUUAUUAGUCCAUAUAUUACCAAGCUUUUGAACGGGCUCUUACAUCCUUCCAUUUUUGUCUAUGAAGCAGGACAUACACAAAAGGCCACUAUUGAAUCCAAGGCAACACAUGUUUUAUCUCAGAUGGCUACACUUAUCUCUCCACGUGUCUUAUUAACCCCUAUUUUCAACUUUUAUGAAACAGCUGUUAAGAAUGGUAAGAAAUCUGUUUUGGCUUUCCUUUCUGUUGUUUCACAAGCAAUUCGAACAAUGACACGAGACGUGAUAACCUCUCACUAUAAACAAAUGUUCAAGUUCUUUUUGAUUGUAUUUGAUGUUCGUCGUUCUCAUAGCAAAGAAUUUGAAGAAUCUGAUGUAGCUGUGAUUGAAGAUGCAGUCAUCAAUACCUUUUUAGAUUUGGUUAUCAAAUUGAACGAAACUCUCUUUAAACCAUUGUAUCUCAAGGUCAUUGACUGGGCUACAGUUGAGCUUACAGGUGAAGAUACUCGAGCCCUAUUCUUCUACAAGCUUGUUGAUGCUCUCUUUGAGAAACUCAAGUCCAUCUUUACACCUUAUUUCGGUUAUUUGAUCGAUGAUAUCAUGAUGCGUUUAGAGCGUUACAAGCAAGGAGAACAACAGGUAGAUUUCCUCUGGGAUUAUAUAAUGUCUUCACUUCGCAAGUCCUUCUUGUACGAUAACGAUAAUCUCUGGAAUGCUACCCGAUUUGAAAAGAUCAUGGAUCCUGUGGUUGAUCAAAUGUUGGUAACCGAGAAGGGCACGAGUGUCGAUUAUCUCAGUCGUAUGUCUGAAUUUGUUGUUCCUUGUGUUGGACAAAUGGCAGUGACUGUGUCUAAUGAUACACUUUGGAAGCCACUUAAUCAUAAGGUGUUACUGAAGACAAGAGAGGACGAUCCUGAAAUUAGAUUAGCAGCUUUGAAAUGUAUUGAAGAAUUCUAUGUUCGUCUUGGUGAAGAAUGGUUAUUAUUCUUGGCUGAAAGUAUCUCAUUCCUUGCUGAACUUAUGGAAGAUGAUGAUGUUCGUGUUGAAAAAUACGUUCAACAAGUAAAUGCUCAAAUUGAAACUCAUUUGGGUGAAAGCUUAGAUAAAUUCUUUAACUAAAAAAAAAAAAUUCCGUCUGACACCCUCAAAAAAAAAAAAAAUUAACUUAUUUCUGUAAAUACAUAUAUCUUUAAAUAAAUAAAUUAUAGUAGAACAUGAUUUAGAAUUAU